AUGGCCACCUAUACACGUCAUGGCCAGGCUUUAGAAGCCAUGCAACUCUUCCAAGUGAUGUUUAAUGGUCAGUAUAUGAGCCCUGAUACUUUUGUUUUCGCCACUGUUUUGAGGGCCUGUACAAAAAAUAAAGAUUUGAUUUAUGGAAAGGCGCUUCAUUGCCAGAUAAUUAAAUUGGGCAUGGAGGUUGAUGUAUUUGUAACGAAUGCUCUUGUUACCAUGUAUGCAAAUUGUAAUUGUUUAGAGAGCUCAUUUCGUGUUUUUAAUGGUAUUCAAUGUCCUGAUUUGGUGUCUUGGAGCUCCAUUAUUCAAGGGUGUGUCCAAAGUGGGUAUGAGAGUGAUGGGUUGAGCCUUUUUUGUGAGAUGCAGAGAAAUGGGAUUAGGCCUGAUGUGCUAGUUUUUGGCAUCGUGAUGUCGGCUUGUGCGAAUUUGGGGUGCUUCGGAUUUGGAACUCAGAUCCAUUGCUUCAUUUUGAAGAUGGGUUUUGAUUCUUUUUUGUUUUUGGAGAAUGGGUUGAUUGAUUUCUAUGCAAAAUGUGGAUUUUUGAGUGAUUCAUAUAAGAUCUUCAGUGGAAUUUCUUUGAAAAGUAUGGUCUCUUGGAACACCAUUAUUGCGGGUUUUGUGCAUAAUUGUGGAAAUGAGGAUGCGCUAAUGCUGUUUCAUCAGUUGCAAAGAAUUAAGAGAGAGAAAGGAGGUGAUAAUGGUGAAUUGGUUUUGGAUGAGUUCACUUUAACAAGUGUGCUCAGAGCCAUAACUGGUUUGGGGGCUCUUAGAAAUGGAAGGGAGGUUCAUGGCUACCUGAUAAGAGCUGGUUGCAAAAUAAGUAACUUUGUUUUCUCUGGUCUGCUUGAUAUGUAUGUGAAAUGCUCCAUCGGAGCUGGCAAUGAACCCUUGAGACUCUUCAUCCAAUUUCAGUUAUCAGGAAUGAAGCCUGAUGAAUUCGCGAUUUCAAGUAUUUUGAAGUUCUGUGCUUCUGAUUUAGCUCUCGAGCAAGGAAAAAUGAUUCAUUCCUACAUUAUAAAGCAUGAAAAGAUUCAGUCUGACAUUUAUGCUAUCAGUUCUCUGAUUGAUAUGUAUGCCAAAUGUGGAAUCAUAGACGCCGCAUAUUGGGUUUUUUCUGGUAUAAAGAAACCAGGUGUUGUUCCUUGGUCUUCAAUAAUUUCAGGGUUUUCUCAAAAUGAUCAAUGGAAAAUGUGUCUUCAAUUGUUCAGGAAAAUGCAGUAUGAAUCAGUGAAACCCAAUGAGUAUACCUUCACUGCUAUUGUCAUGGCUUGCAUUGCUGUAGGUGAUCUCAGAAAGGGAAAAGAGCUCCACUGUAACAUUAUCAGAACUGGUUAUGGAUCAGAGGUCCCGGUUAUUAACACCCUUAUCAACCUGUACUGUGAGUUUGGUCUUCUCGAGCAAGCUUUGAACCUUUGUGACUCGAUCCCGUCAUCAAAAAUUUUAUGGGGUUACUUGAUACAAGCCUGUUCAAGAACAGGGGACCAUGAGAGGAUUCUCGAACUAUUUAAAAAGGUUCAUCAAUCUUCUGCAAAUUUAGACCAUAACACAUCCUGUUACGUAAUAGAAUCAUGCUCAAACCAAUCUCUUUUGGUAAUAGGGGAACAGACUCAUGCUUAUUUUAUCAAGAAAGGAAUGGAUUUAGAACCAAAAGUAGGGGCGCCUCUGAUAAAUAUGUAUUCUAGUUGUGGAAGAAUCAAAGAGGCAACUAACAUUUUUAAUGAGAUGCCUGAGAGGAGCUCGAUGGCUUGGGCUUCAAUGGUUUCUGCAAUUAUGGAGCAUGGGCAACCAAUAAAUGCUCUAUACCUCUUCAAAAGGAUGAGAUGCUUGAACAAGUCACCAGAUUCACAAACCUUUCUCUCUCUACUGAAAGCAUGCAGUCAAUUGGGUUUUGUCCGUGAAGCUUUCAAGUUUCUUGGUUUGAUGCACCAAGAGUAUGGGCUUUCACCAUCAAGAGAACACUAUGCCUCAAUGAUUGAGGUCUUGGGCCUUGCUGGGAUGUUUGACGAAGCAGAGGAAUUCAUUCAUGGAGAUAUUCCAUUUGAACCAGAUGAACUGGUUUGGAGGGCCCUGUUUUAUUCUUCAAGAAUAAAGGGGAACAUGCAUUUUGCAAAAUAUGCAGCAGAAAAACUUGUGGAACUAGACCCUAAGGACUAUGCGUCUACCUCACUCUUAGAGCAAGUGCUUAUAACCUCAGGGAGGUGGGAGGAUGCAUCAAAGCUUAGAAAUGGGUCUAAACUUGAGAGAGAAACUCACAGUUGGAUAGAAGUUAGGAGCACUAUCCAUGAGUUUGGUUCUAACCAGACUGUAACUGAGGAGAUUCAUGAGAAAUUGGGACAGUUGGAAAGAGAAAUGGAUGAGUUGGGAUAUGUAGCUGAUAAGAACCAUUGGCUACAUGAUUCAGAAGAGGUGGGCUGUGGGGUGAGUUUAUAUCACACUGAGAUGAUGGCCUUGGCUUUUGGGCUUGUUCAUUUGGCUCCCAAGACGCCAAUUAGGGUUUUUAAGAGUGUGAGAAUGUGUGGAGACUGCCACUCAGUUUUCAAGUUUCUGUCUUCCUUUUUAGGCAGGGACAUGCUUGUGAAGGACACUGGCAGGUUCCACCAUUUCAAAGAUGGAAAAUGUUGUUGUAAUGAUACAUGGUAG